CAGGGCGGGAAAACAGCUGUACCCUCCUGAUUCCGGAAAUACGCAUGCGUUCCCUGGGGACUGGAUAGGGGGUCCCUCCGGAAGUCCAUUCACGAAUGGUGGAUGGUUAGUUUGGCGCUGGAGGAGGCUUGAGCUUUCGCUAUGAGCGCGUGCUCGGUUUCCAAGGGCUGCUUUGUAUUCAAACCAAAUUCUAACAAGAGGAAAAGGUCUUCAGCAGCUGACUGUUUCAGUAAAGGAAACGAUGACUUGACUAAUAGUGAGCUACGGCUUGAUACCUGUCUGUUGUUAUGGAAACAAAUUAAAUACGAAACAGAGCAACUACAAGAGGACUUGAAUAAAAACCUAUUUGAUAACCUCGUAAGGUUUUUGAGACAGUCUCAUUUAGACUUCAAGGAAAAGAAAACAUGGGCUUGCCGAAUGAAGUCUAGUGAAAUUCCUGCUGCAGCUGUUGUUCUAGGUGUGAAUGUUACAGACCAUGAACUAACAAUUAAAAGUCUCUCUGAGGUUCUUCAAGAUGAUGUUACUCCUUUUGUGGUGUCACUGAAGGCCAAAGAAUGUCCAGGCAUAAAGCAGCUGCUACAGAAGGUGAUAAUGCAGCUCAUGGACUGUGAUGUAGAUGUGGACUCAUCUGAAGAAGAAGAAUAUCCCAAGGUUUCCCCCAGGAGGGUAUGCUGCUCUGUAGCAUCUCUUACCAAUUGGUAUAGGAAUGCAACCAAAAAAACUGAUGCUGGAUCUCCAUGCAAGAAAAUAAUAUUUUCAUCCAGACACUGGGAAUCUCCUCCAGUUGUAAUUAUUUUCAAGGACAUGGAAAGUUUCCCAACCAAAGUUCUGCAGGACUUCAUAAUUAUGAGCAGUCAUUGUCUACGUGAAUUUCCACUGGUCCUUAUUUUUGGAAUUGCUACAUCUCCAAUGGUCAUCCACAAGCUGCUUCCUCACUCAGUGUCCUCUUUGUUAUGCAUAGAACUCUUCCAGUCUCUUUCUUCGAAAGAACACCUAACUAAAUUGAUUGAUAAGCUACUUCUGACAAGCCAAUUUCCAUUCAAAAUUAGUGAGAAGGUUCUGCAGGUGCUAAUAAACAUAUUUUUGUACCACGACUUCUCUGUUCAUAACUUUGUCAAAGGAUUUCAGCUUUCUCUGUUGGAGCACUUUUAUUCUCACCCUCUCAGUGUGCUGUGCUGUGAACUCCAAGAAUCUGAGAAAAGAGUGAAACUUUUAUCACACAGUCAGUUUGAAAAUAUUCGAAGAUUGCCAUCUUUCAGAGGGUUUGUCGAAAGCCAGGCAGCAGAGAAGCAGGCUGCGCUGCUGACAGAUGAUGAAUGUUUAAAGGAAACCACACAAGCUUUGCUGAAAGAUCUCUCUAGUUACCAUGAAAAUUAUUUCCCAAUUUUGCGGUGUCUCCAUGCUUUCACAUCUUCUCUUCCAAAGUAUCCAUUGGGCAAACAAAUCAGAGAGUUGUAUUCUGCAUGUUUGCAAAAAAGAGUAUGGGAAAGAGAUGAAUAUGAGUCUGCCAUUCAGCUGGUGAGGAUGUUAGCCAAGGAUGAGUUGAUGGCCAUUCUUGAAAAAUGUGUGGAGAUUCUUAAAUCCUCUUCGGCAAAGUGCCUUAGAAAGCCCUUAGAAAAAUUGGAGGGAUUUGUGGAUCUCCUUAGAAACCUUGAAGAAACCAGUGAUGAUCAAGAGAAAUCCAUAUCCUCACUAGAAGAGCUUCAGAAGAAAACAGAUCUGUAUCAUCUUCAAAAGACUUUGUUGGAGAUGAAGGAGUCAAGGAGAAUGAAGAAACUAACAAAAUUUGAAAUGCUCCGUUUUGAAAUUGUUGAGUUUAUAGAUGGCCUUGUGAGGAAUUACCUUGCACCUGCAGAGAUGCAAACACUGCAUGAGGUGAUGUACUUCAGUGCAGCUAAUACCCUCCGUGAGCAUUUGAAUGCUACCCCACGUGCUGCUCUUCACACUGCUCUCAACAAUCCAUACUUCUAUCUUAAGGAUGACUCCUUGAAAUGUGAUGCAGGAUCCAUUUCUAGUACAGCUCCUGAUAUUUGUAUAGCAUACAAGCUUCAUUUGGAGUGUGGCAGAUUGAUUAACCUGGUUGACUGGUUGGAGGCUUUUUCAACAGUUGUAACCACAGCUGGAAAUACAGAUUCCACAGUCAAAAACCAGACAGAUGAUAUUAUCCAUGCUCGUUUCAUUAGAGCAGUGUCAGAAUUGGAAUUUUUGGGAUUCAUAAAACCCACAAAACAGAAAACGGAUCACGUGGCAAGGCUGACAUGGGGUAGUUGCUAAUAUGUAGUUCUUGUGAGAAUCAUCCAUGAAACAAGAUUUUCUGUGGCAUUAAUACCAAUGGCAUCAUUUGGUCUUCAUUAUAAGAGAAAUAGUAUUUUCCACUGUGAUACCAGCCAUAAUAAAGUACACAAAAUGA